AUGGGGAUCAAUGCUUGUACUGAGUUUCAGCGGCAACAAAAGUUCCAUCAGUCGCACCAACUCAAUGCCCACAAGAAAAUGAUAAGGGAAAUACAAAUCCCACCAAGAAAACUCCAUCGCCGCCAUUUAGCAGCGGCGCAGGCGCUUUAUCACGACGGUGGUGGUGCCACAUACAUGUUCAUGGAUUCUUCCGAUCAGAGCUCCCUUUCCAAAAAACACUUACCGUAUAAUGACGAUGACGAUGAGAAGAAUCCUUUCACCUCGGACUAUUUCAGAAUGUACGAGUUCAAGGUCCGUAUGUGCCCGCAAGGCGGUAGCCACGACUGGACGAGCUGCCCCUUCGCACACCCUGGUGAGAAGGCCCGCCGUCGAGAUCCUCGGAAGUAUCAUUACACCGGAACUAUCUGCUCGGAGUUCCGCAAAGGCCAUUGCAGGCGCGGUGAAAGCUGUGAAUUUGCACAUGGAAUUUUUGAGUCUUGGCUUCAUCCAACUCGUUAUCGAACUGAGGCUUGCAAAGAUGGCCGCUAUUGUUACCGAAGGGUCUGUUUUUUCGCACAUACUCCAAGCCAGAUUCGCCUUUUGCCGGAGGAAUAUUCAUCUCCGAUGAAUUCUCCGGUUACUCAUGUGAAUCAUUGCUGUGGCUGCUGCCGUCAUUCUAAUAAUACGAUCUUGGCUUCUCAUAACUCGACUUUGACUGGCGUUUCGCCGGAAAAAGAAAGGGAAUUUCCACUCCUUUCUAGGUACGAAAGUUUCGAGUACUCCAAUGCUCCGGCCGAGCUGAAUUCUAUCGGGACGAGCUACGCCGAUAAUCUAACUGAUUUGCUGAACUCUUUAGAGGCAAUGAAAGUCCACGAAACUUCUUCCUCAGCCAAGAAAGGAAAAGCGCCUAUGAUCGAACCUGAUCUGAAGUGGAUCAGUGACCUGAUGGACUCCGUGGAUUGA